GGCCAAGAAUGUGAAUAUAAGGCUUUUUUUUUAAUUUUUUGCAUUUUGUUUUAUUUAUUUUUUUAUACAGCAGGUCCUUCUUAGUCAUCAGUUUUAUACACAUCAGUGUAUACACGUCAAUCCCAAUCGCCCAAUUCAUCCCACCACCAUCCCCACCUCCCUGCCGCUUUCCCCCCUUGGUGUGCAUUCGUUUGUUCUCUACAUCUGUGUCUCAAUUUAUGCCUUGCAAACCGGUUCAUCUGUACCAUUUUUCUAGGUUCCACAUACAUGCGUUAAUAUACAAUACUUGUUUUUCUCUUUCUGACUUACUUCACUCUGUAUGACAGUCUCUAGAUCCAUCUACGUCUCAACAAAUGACCCAGUUCGUUCCUUUUUAUGACUGAGUAAUAUUCCAUUAUAUAUAUGUACCACAUGUUCUUUAUCCAUUCAUCUGUUGAUGGGCAUUUAGGUUGCUUCCAUCACCUGGCUAUCGUAAAUAGUGCUGCAGUGAACAUUGGGGUGCAUGUGUCUUUUUGAAUUAUGGUUUUCUCUGGGUAUAUGCCCAGUAGUGGAAUGGCUGGAUCAUAUGGUAAUUUUUUUUUAUUUUUUUUUUAUUUUGCUGUAUGCGGGCCUCUUACUGCUGUGGCCUCUCCCGUCGUGGAGCACAGGCUCCGGACGCGCAGGCUCAGCGGCCAUGGCUCACGGGUCCAGCCGCUCUGUGGCAUGUGGGAUCUUCCCAGACCGGGGCACGAACCUGUGUCCCCUGCGUUGGCAGGCAGACUCUCAACCACUGCGUCACCAGGGAAGCCCAUGGUUAUUUCAGAGACUAUGGAUAUACUCUUCAGAAUGAGAGGUGGCCUUGAUCUAGCUUUUCAGCUAGCUACUCCUAACGAAAUUUUUGUCAAGAAAGCACUAAAACAUAUGUUGAGUGACCUAUCAACCAAGCUUUCUUCAAAUGCACUUGUGUUCAGAAUCUGCCACAGUUCAGUGUACAUAUGGCCUAACAGUGACAUGAACACCAUUCCAGGAGAACUGACUGAUAGUUCCACCUGUAAGAACAUAAUGCGCUUUAUUCAAUUUGGACAGGAAGAAGAUACAAAACGAAAAUUCAUGAGGAAGAAAGACAAAAAGUUGUCAGACAUGCAUCAAAUAGUAAAUAUAGAUCUUAUGCUGGAAAUGUCAACCCCUCUGGCAGCUGUAACACCCAUCAUUGAAAGAGAAAGCGGAGGACACCACUAUGUUAAUAUGACUUUACCAGUCGAUGCAGUUGUACCUGUUGCUCCAGAAGAAACGUGGGGAAAAGUUCGUAAACGUCUGGUUGAUGCAAUUCAUAAUCAACUAACUGAUAUGGAAAAAUGCAUUUUGAAAUACAUGAAAGGAACAUCUAUCGUGGUCCCUGAACCACUGCACUUUUUAUUACCAGGGGAAAAAAAUCUUGUAACAAUUUCAUAUCCAUCAGGAAUUCCAGAUGAUCAGCUGCAGGCCUAUAGAAAGGAGUUACACAAUCUCUUCAAUCUGCCUCAUGACAGACCUUAUUUCAAAAGGUCUAAUGCUUAUCACUUUCCAGAUGAACCAUACAAAGAUGGUUACAUUAGAAAUCCACAUACUUAUCUCAAUCCACCUAACAUAGAGACUGGUAUGAUUUCUGUAGUCCAGGGCAUAUAUGGUUACCAUCAUUAUAUGCAGGAUCGGAUCGAUGACAAUGGCUGGGGCUGUGCUUAUCGGUCUCUGCAGACUAUCUGCUCUUGGUUCAAACACCAGGGAUACACAGAGAGAUCCAUUCCAACACACAGAGAAAUUCAGCAGGCUCUAGUUGAUGCUGGGGACAAACCAGCAACAUUUGUCGGAUCACGGCAGUGGAUUGGAUCUAUCGAGGUGCAGCUGGUACUGAACCAUUUGAUUGGUAUAACUUCAAAAAUACUUUUUGUCAGCCAAGGUUCUGAAAUGGCCUCUCAGGGACGGGAACUGGUUAAUCAUUUCCAGAGUGAAGGAACGCCAGUAAUGAUUGGGGGAGGAGUUUUGGCCCACACAAUACUAGGAGUUGCAUGGAAUGAGAUUACAGGACAGAUAAAAUUUCUGAUUUUAGAUCCGCAUUAUACAGGCGCUGAAGAUCUACAAGUUAUUUUAGAAAAGGGCUGGUGUGGAUGGAAGGGUCCAGACUUUUGGAACAGCGAUGCUUACUAUAACUUAUGUCUUCCUCAGCGACCAAAUACUAUUUAAAAUAUCUUGGACUCAAAGACUGUAGUAAAGUUGUACUUUAUAAAUUUGUCGAUAAAGAAUAAAUUUAAUUUCAAAUUGAA